AUGGCCGUGUCGUCUCAGCCGUUAACACGGGAGACUGCCAAUCCCAAUGCCGCGACUGCCGCCGCAUCUGCCUUUUUGCGACGGGAAACAACACCUUCUCUAUCAUCAGCUGCUGCUGCUGCGGCUCUUAAAGCUCGACCUGCAACACCCACCAAUGUGUCCCAAGUUCAAUCAAAACGAGUUUCGCGCAGGAGCGCAUCCGUGUCAUCCACGGGAAGUAGGGACAGGAGGAGUCGGGAUCUUCAUCGAUCGCCGAGCGCGAGCUCCAUGACAGAGCGAACCUUUCGAUCUCCGUCGCCUUCGCCAGCCAGGAGGCCCGCUCCGCAAACCCAAGAUGUUCCUCCGGUUCCAAAGAUACCCCACCAUGAGCAUACGAAAGCCGACGCAAAGAUCCCGGCUCACAAGCGAGCGACAAGCCUGCAAACCCAAAACUUUCAAACAGCAAGUCAGAAGCUGAAGAAUGGCCAAGGAUCAUGGUUCGGUGCCGCUACGGCUGGCGACUUGUCUAAUAUCCGUCGAGCCGCUGUAGCUGAUAAACGGGCCUCCGCAGACAUACGGCCCAGCAGCCCUAACUCGAUCAACUUCUCGUAUCCUCGCUCCCUGACAGAUUCACCAGAUCCUUCAAAUUCCACCAUGGUGUACGAUCCAAACUCUAGGCGAAUGAUACCUCAGGUACAGCUUCUGAUGGUCGAUCAAAAUGUCCGGGACGCAUCGGAGAAACCCGUCCGGAAGCCAAAGCAUGAAGGAUCAAGGAGCGGCACACAUCUUGCCAAGGGAACGGUAGGACGACUAAAAGGCACGGCGGUUGAAACGACCUCUCCGCCAGCUAAGGCAGUCCAAACUACACAAAGUUCGACAGGUACUUAUAUGGCAGUCACGCAGCAAUCUGAGGACGCCAAGCAGACCAGCCAAGCAGAGGCUGAUCCGGAAUCGGAUGAUGAGAUUGAGCCAGAGGCUAGACAGGGUCGCACGCCCGACUCAUCAAGGGAGCAGACACUGGCUGAACAAGAGCCAGAACUAGAUGCUGAGAAACUCACACAACCAAAUCGUGCCAUUGAAAGCCAAGCCAGAGUGACCAAACCCGAUGGUUCAGUCAGGAAGCGGCCUUCUGUGGUACAUGAAGCCUCCGAAUUGGAGGAGGACCAACAUGAAGAUAUCGUGACAACGAUGUCUGUGGAACGUCCAAUGGAUAAGGUUGAUGCGAUACCCGUCAAAUCAACUUCGCCACCUCAGCAGGCACAGGAAACAAUACAUACUCCAGCGCUGGUGGAUCAAUCUAGAGAAACUGUGCGCCGAAAUCGCGUACAUUCCGAAAGCCCUGCUAGAAGCCCUGGUCGCACAACACAUUUUGCGUCCAAGACCGAUCAGCUUCUCGUUAGGCACGAGCCGCCUCCCCGAUCUUUAUCACCUCGCAAAUCUGCACUCAAGUAUUCCAGCCCCCGCGAUGCCUCCCCUUCAGAGGACGGUUCCGACGCUUCCGCCGCUUGGUCCGGUAUGGCUUCCCGUGAAGACUCGGAGCUUUCCAGAAAAAAGAGUGUGAGAAUGAGCUUCGACGAAGGCAACACAGCGGUCAUAGGGGAAUCUGUCCCCACAUCAGAUACCGAUUCGCCGCAAGUUGCAAGUCCACAGUCAAAGAAGCCAUGGCACAGUAUCAUGGGGCGAAACAAGAGGGAUUCGAUAACCUUGGAUGAGGAAGAGACAAUGACACCUCGUCCUGCCCUCCCCUCCUUUGGGAGUAUCCGCGAGAAGAAGGUCAAAGAACCUGAGGAGCGGCCUCUCGUCCGUCCCAUGGAACGAUCCACUUCACCUCUAGCAUCAAACAGCCAAUCCUCGGCUCAUGAUGUGGCACAUUCAAGCGACCAAGUUGCUGGGGAGCCCCUACCUCCUGUUGUCACUUCUGUCGAUGGUCAAGAUUAUAUCAGCAAUAGUGAUCUGAGUUCAGACGAAGAAUCUGAAACGGAUACACCAUUAAGAACACAAGUUUCCACCCAAUCUACGUACGAAACGCAAUCAACUGCCAACUGCUCAUCAAGUCCCCACGAGAAUGAUUCUGCGAAAUCUAGUCCUAGCGAAACCAUACCAACUAUCUCGAUCAUUCAACCUAGUCCUCGAAUUCCCGACGAAGACCAACCUGAGUCGCCACAGGACUUCUUUGAUGUUCCAGGAGAGUUUACUGCAGAUACGACUAGAACUUCCUCUAAUGAGGCAGGGAUGUCAGACAGCAGCAAGGCCGCUCCCCUUGAAUCCAAUGUGAAGCAGUCUGCUGCAGGUGCUGAAACGUCAGCACCGAUUGCGACUCGGCGAUCCUUUGAUUCGACCAGCGCAGUAUCUUCUAGCUCACAGAUGCACGAUAUACAAGAAGAGCCUGAAGAGUCUGAUGGCAGCAGCAUCUACAGUGAUGCUUAUGAGGAUCUUUCCGACAUGGAGGGAGAUGGUUUCUUGUCCUUGGAUGCUGUCGUCGACAGCCCUGUCGAAUCGACGUUCUCUCAAAAGGUGUUUGAAAAGGCUAUCGUCAGAUCUAAGGAAGCUGCCAUUUCUCAGCAGAAAUCGCCCACAGAGGGUGCACCUGGGAAGCCAUCGCAUCCGUCUAGCGACUGGGAGACUGCAAAGGCAUACUGGAGGAGCUUGAGUCCAAAGGACAGACGUCAGCUGGAGAGGGAGGCUAUGGAGGACUCUGACGAGGAACCCGCUCCACAAGAAACAGUUCAACGAUCAAAGCCGAAGUCAAAGUCCAAGCCCAAACAAAAGCUCGUUGAAGAUCCAACGCAAGAAUCCUUGAAAGAACCACAAGAAUCGCCAAUAUCGGACAUGCUUCGCGACCCAACCCGCGUGUAUCAAAUUCAGCCAGGCACAACCUGGCCACGGGAUGGGGUUCAAAAGCCUCGCGUGAAGGCUUCUACACAAGACAAGCCAAAAUCAACUGGUGGUGCAAAACUCCGAAAGUCUAUGCGGGGUUCUGCAGUCGCAACACCUGAGCAGUCUGAACCUGUUCAGACCGGCAGCAUGCGCAAAUCUAUGAGAUCUGGUGCUGCCCCCUCGAGCCCACAAAACUCACACAGUGGAACAUUACGCAAGUCUCUUCGUCCAGAGCCUGAGGCUGCCACUGCCGUUCUUGCUGAUGUUGUUGAUGGUACAGGCAUGCGUAAGUCGCUCAGAGGUAAUGGUUCAGCUGCCAAUGGACAGAAAAUGGCGUCGACGUUGAGGAAUGGUGCUCGACCUACUUCCUAUCAACCAGCAGCCACAUCAGAAACGGUUCAAACUCAACGACGUACACAUUCAGAGGAUAGAGGACAUACUAUGCGAAACGCUCCGAAGCCAGCUCUCUCACGCAGAGGUUCUGACUCAAGUGAAAGCAGCUUCCGACGUGCAAAGACUGGAGGAGAAGGCACAGGCUUUCGUAGAACUAUGCGAGGAACAACACGGGAACCAGCAGCAACACCACAUCCGCCAGAAAGUGCAAGGGCAAGCAGUCGAUUCAGUCUGCGAUCUCUGUCACCUACCGGAUCAGCUUUUCGCCGUAAUUCUAAUACGAGCUCGCCUCCUCCAGUUGCAAUGAGCGGUCGAAUGCGAUCGUCACUGCGUGCCGAGCCCAGUGAUGCUGGGUCCUCUCGCAUGCUCUCUGGAUUUGGUCGCUCCGCGAAGGGCAAGAAGUCAAAGGGUGGUAGCCGUUUUGAUGACUCGAGCGAUGAGGACGACAGUCGCCCAGCGUUCCGAAGUCGCUUCGUGGACUCAAGUGACGAGGAUACUCCUUCGCCCCGACCCAAACAGAAACGUGUACCCAAAACAAUGCGGAGCACCGCUUCAAACAAUGCUGCCGCUGCCACCACGAGUGUCCCUGCUCCUCGGGCUGCUGUCCAGGACUCCCCUGACCUCCCGGACAGUGAUGACGAGGAAGAGCAACCGCAACAGAACAUCACUUCUAACGGAACAACUAACGCAGCUCCUCGACCUACCACAGCUAUGAUGCGAAAUGGCUCUGGUCGGGAUAGUAUAGGGGUGCUGACUGGAAGCGCUGAGCCUGCAGGUGCACGACCAGGCCACAAGCGUCGAGGCAGCUUCAUGUCAGCAAUCCUGCGCCGCAAGAAGGAUCCUGCUGGCAAGAUCUCCCGCGCUACAAGCGAAAGUGCGUCACGUCGAGAUACUCACCUAGAGCGAGGACCAGAGCGUCUUGCAUUCAUCAGAAGCAACAGUGAGAGCCAGGCGCACAGCUCACGUCUUCAUAAACGCGGGUCAAACUGGCCUCUACAAGACCAUGAACAUGCCCAUGAAGAUGAGGAGCAGUUUGACGACGGCUCCCAGAACACAUACGUCGUCGACGAAGAAAAGCGGCCGUCUACCGCUGGCGGUCUCGGCUUAACUCCAUCCUCUCCGACAACUAAGGCAGGCUUCCUCAAACGUCGCAGUACUUCUCAUAGCCAAAUCGGCUCCUCCAAUGCCAUAGCGGCCUCGGUCGAUGGUUCCGAGGUUGGCACACCCAAAAAGAAGAAGUUUGGGGUACUACGCAGGAUGCUCAAGCUUGACGAAUAA